CAGGACAGGGGUCAGAGAUUAUGGGAGAGUGGCGAGAUAGGUGGGAAAUUGAGAAAAAGAGAGAGCAGUGGGAAGUUGAGAAAAAGAGAGAACAGUGGGAAGUUGAGAAAAAGAGAGAACAGUGGCUAAUUGAGAAAAUGAGAGAACAGUGUAGAUUGACGUCGCAGGGAGCAUGUGGAGGGAAGGAUGAUGAUUUAUGGCUAGAGGGAGAGAGUAAGAAUUAUGGUGAUGAUGAGGGUGACAGAGAAGGUGAAGAGUAGGUAUCAGGAAAAAUAUGUAGUGUUAUAGUAGAAGGGACAGGAUUAAGAAGGUCUGAGAGACUUAAAGAACGUAGGGAGAGAGAAGAAGGAUUCCAACAGCCCAAAGACCUGCAGAAGCCCCUUUUUGGAGCAGCCACGCAUAAUAUUCAAGCUAAAUAUAAACCAUUCUCAUUGGACAGCCUUAGUCUAUCAGUUGCCUCCUCUUAGGGAUGGAGCCCAACCAUGGUUAAACAAAGUAUCAGCUCACACAAGUACAGACAUUUCACACAUCAUAUGGAUGCCCAAACUCAAAAGCAGAAAAAGAGAGAGGGUGAGAUGGAGGAGCUUAAAGGUCAGCUCUUAAAGCUGCAGUUACAACAGGCUAGAGAUCAGGCGACAGAUAAGAAAACUAGCAUUAAGCAACACAAACAAAUGCUGCACAUGCCUUCUACAGAUGUUGUUGCUGCUCCAGCUCUUUCCCUAUCCCCAUCUCCCCCUCCUAACCCUUCCCCUAAUUCAUACCCUUACUACCCUGCACAUAUCCCAGUGCCAGUAUUCACACCAGGUCAGAUGUUCUAGGGUCCAGGAAACCAGGGAGGGUAUCAUCAAAACAAUGGACAGAGAAAGGGAGGGAAGGCAGGCAAUAAGGGAGGAGCAGGGUGAGUGAAAAACAAGGGAUGCUUUAUUUGUCGAGCAAUGGACCAUUGGGUCAAUGAUUGCCCUUAUAACGGCUAUGCUCGGCAGCAGGGAAGAAGCGGUGGUCCCCCAGGGGGAGCAGCUUUAAACCCACCCCAGCAGGCACCCAAUCCACAUAUGGCUCCAGGAGGAUGGCCUGCACAUCCUGGUACAUGGGGACAGUUCCCACAGCUGCCAUAGGGGUGCCAAACAGAAGGGGAACUACAGGGCUUGGGAGCUCCCUGUUUUUCUCUGAAGGUGAAUGAGAAAACAAAAUGGGUCAUGGUGGACACAGGAGCUCGCUACUCAACCUUGAGUGAUCCACCUUGCAGACUCUCAUCCACCUAUGUUUCUGUUUUGGGAUUUUCUGGCACUGAACAAAAACUGCCUUUCACGGAAGAAACUGUUGUGACUGUGGGAAAUCAAAUGCUGAGACACUCUUUUGUCUACGCACCUGACUGUCCUGUGAACUUGAUGGGAAGAGAUUUGUUGGUUCGCCUGGGAGUAGCAGUGAAAUGUGCACCUCAGGGAACAACUAUGCAUUUUCCAGAUGGAACUGUGAUCACCUGCAGCUCUUCUAUCGAUACGUCUGUUAAGCAAAUGCCCCUGGGUGCCUCUGCUCCAUAUACUGCUGCUGAACCACCAGCUGAUGUAUAUUGGGUAUUGUUAAAUACAGAAAAUAAUCCCUUGGUAGAACAAUUUGAUUUAUGGGCUCCGUGGAUUCACUCUCUCAACUCCUACCACUCUGUUCCCGACCCUCCCCAUUGUACUUUAUAUUAUGAUAGGAAUGAAGAUUGGAUAUAUAAGGCUGAAUUUGAAGACAAAAUAGAAGGAGAUACCUGGGCCCUGCAUGUAGAGGUCAUAUAUGUGGGACAAGAAGGAGUGGCAGCAGCAGUUGUGCUUCCUGAGUAUAGGAAAUCUUGGUAUAAAAUGUCUAACACUACCACAUCAGGCUAAAGAGUUGGGUCUUACAGGUAACUCCAGACAUUUUGUGCCUGAUUAUGCCGGUAGGACUGAGUCUCUGCGUGCACUGGUUAAAGCUCAGGGGUGCCGCAACCUCAGUGCCAAGUUGGACUGGACGGUUGAGGCUGAUUCAGAUUUUAUUUGUCUCAAACAGGAUUUGUCACAGGCCACAUCUUUGGCGCCCCCCGAUUACACUCAACCGUUUUUUCUCGAUGUUUCUGAAAGACAAGCGUCUGCAUAUGGUGUUCUCUAUCAGAAACAAAGGGGGAUUAGGAGAGUGUUAAUAUACUGUAGUGUACGGUUUGAUGUACAGGAAAAAAGAGCCGCUUCAUGUGUCAGAUAUGCAGCAGCAGUAGCUAAAUUGACAGAAGAAAUUGCACCUGUAGUCAUGCACCACCCACUGAUAAUCUUAACCUCUCACGCUACAGUUGCAUUUGUGACAUCCUCUGCAUUCACACUGACACCACUAAGACAGAGCAGGAUUCUCAAAGUGCUAACACAACCACACAUAACAUUUGUACAUCAAGGAAUCAACAUGGCAGAACAAAUAUUGGAAGGGACACCACAUUGUUGUAUAACAGCUACAAAGGACAGGACCAAGGUGAGGACUGAUUUGAGUGAAACACCUUUGGUAAAUCCUGAAGUGGAAAUAUAUACAGAUGGCUGUUGUUUCAGACAUCCAGACCGUGGCUUGCAGGCAGGAUACGCUGUGGUGGAACUAGGGAUAGAUGGGACCCCCAGAAUACUCAAACAGGAACAGAUGACAGGAAGCGUGUCAGCCCAGAAAGCAGAACUAAGAGCAGUCAUAUCAGCAUUAGAAUUGUCACAGGAAAAAAGCGCAAAUAUUUAUACUGAUUCCGCUUAUGUAUAUAAUGCAGUACACAGGGACUUAACAGGAUGGAUGCAGGCAGGUUUUAGGACAAGUGGGGGUAAAAGCAUGGCUCAUGAAAGAAUGAUGAGGGAGUUAGCAGAAGCUCUACAACUUCCAAAACGGGUGGCAAUAAUGAAAGUUAAAGGACAUAGCACUCUAGAUGAUAGAGAAGCCAAAGGAAAUGAUGCAGCUGAUCAAGCAGCGAAACAGGCAGCAGGAUACACUGUAAAUAUGAUAAUGUUAGUCACAGACAUGCAGAUCGCUGAUGAUGUGAAUAUGGAAACAGUCAAAGCAGCACAAGAAACUGCAUCACAAGAGAUAAAGACUCAGUGGAAGUCAAAAGGGGGACAACAGAACAGCCAAGGAAUAUGGCAUGUAAAUAGUCAGGUGAUAAUGCCCCCUCAGUGGCUAAACAGCAUGUUGACACAGACUCAUGGACCUGACCACAGGAGCACUGGACAAAUGACACAUGACUUACGACACUGGUGGAUUGACGAAUUUUCCAUCCCCACAGAUUCACCAACAGGAGAGAGUUUCUCCACGCGGGAACAGGAGCCAGAGCUAGGAUCAGGAGGACCUCCAGAGUUCCUGUAUCUGAAGGCCAUAAAGAGGAAGUGGAGUGAACAACGAUGGACAGGAUCAUUCAAAGUGACAGCCAGAACAAACUCGGCAGUAAAACUGGCUGGGAAGGGUUACAACUGGUAUCACCUCUCUCAGUGUGCUAAGAACACCACAGCACAGGAGAAGGAAGCCGAGGGGAAUAAAAAAAAAAAAUAAAUAAAAUGUAUAACCGAGUUUUAUAAUCAUGUGUGUGUGUGAUUAAAACAGAAACCAGCGCCACUCGUUUGGAGGAAUCGGAGAACGAGGUGGAGGAUGGUGUCUGAGGAGGAAAGUAGUCCCACAGGGGAAGGUUAAAACGUUAGGUAUGGGGGGAGGUUCCGCCCCAUCGCAAGGUUGACCUGUUGAGGACACAGAAUGUUGAACUCAGUUUGUUGAGUUCAAAAGGGGGACUGUUGUAGUAUUUUAAACUAUUAAAGUUAAAACUGUUUAAUGAUUUAUACUAGUGGAUAUUUAGGUGCUAAGGGUGAGUGGUCAUUUAAACAUCUGCCUCAGGGAAACUAUUUACAACCACUGAUAAAGAUCACCCUAUGGCCAUGUGUAGGGGGGCAGCCGGAGGUAACAGAGGUAGAUUAGUGGUAAUUUAUAUGUAUGCAUUAACUGUCUUCCUUUGAGCGUGCUGAGCUUUAGGUGACAUUUGAGGUCGGAGUCAGAUGGGAAGGAGGAAGUCAGCAGAGCCAAUCAGAAGACGACAAAACGACUGUGCACAUUUCUUUGUUUGUACUUGUAUAAAUACACUGGAUCAGGGAAAGUUAGGUUGUCAGACUGUGGACUGACCAACACUUGUUAUUGGUUAGGAAAAGGCACAUCUGAUCCAGAAUUCUGUAAUUGUUCAUUGCUUGCUGAAAAGAUUCACUAAACAAUUUGAACUAAA